AUGCAACGCCAACACCAAGAUCUGGUGGCUGCCGUGGAGGGAAAUGCUAGGGAUACCAUCAAGACCUCCAGUCCCAUUCCGACAAACACAAAUAUCCCGACUCCGCAGCGUCCAUCGUCGCCGCGGCAGUUCUUCGAGCGACUCUACGGGCACCUCGAGACGCGCAGCAGCGAGAGCGGCGACAUCGAUGUGGGCACCCACCACAAGCCCCCGCCGCCCUGCGACACGCCCUACCACAGCGACGGCGGCAGCGUGUCGUCUCCGGACAUCUCCAUCAGCGAUGAGCGCGUGUCGCUCGUUGGAUUUCCCCCAUAUGACAUCUAUGGUGCCUCCAAGGAUUACCCGCCGCCGCCGCAGCAGCAGAAGCACAGCUACGUGGAUCCGCCUGGGAUUACCACGGGAAGUGGGGCUCCCGUAGCCGUACUGCCACCUGGAUUUCCACCUGGUUUUCCUGGUGAUCCGCAUUUCAGCGCUGGAUUCACUGCCUUUUUGGCACGCCGUCGUCGCAAAGAGGGAAGACAGCGUCGCCAGCGAACCACCUUCAGCACCGAGCAGACGCUGCGUCUCGAGGUGGAGUUCCAUCGGAACGAGUACAUCUCCAGGAGUCGCCGCUUCGAGCUGGCCGAAACGCUGCGGCUCACAGAGACCCAGAUCAAGAUCUGGUUUCAGAAUCGUCGGGCAAAGGAUAAACGGAUUGAGAAGGCGCAAAUCGAUCAGCACUACAGGAACUUUGUCGUGGCCAAUGGUUUUAUGAGCUCUAUAAUGGGUCAGACUACACCGAGCUAUGCCCCCGCCCCCGCCAGCAGUGCGACGUCCCUACCAGUGGGCCUCGCUUACUAUCCAACGCUGCAAAAGGACAGCACGCAGGAUGCUAAUUAUAUAGACAUCGAAGAGCGAUACGAGACGCAGCAACGCCGACGCUUCCUUCAACAUCAGCAACAGCGUCGGUGGCGGCAGCGCAAGUGCCAGCAGUCGAGCAGUCAAUACUUGCUAGCAAUUAACCAGGAAACUACUUUUAACUGA